CCCGGCCCGCGACGAGCGCGACUUGGCCUUGGCGCGCGCCUUCCCGCCCUGCUUCCCGCGGCCGGACAUCGCAGCGACUCAGGAGCAGCACAGCAGAGGAACGCGGCGAACACAGAACGAGCUCUCGACCAGGGCUCGCCGCCUGCUUUAUAUACAACCCGGGCGGAGCGGCAGCACCUCUUGUGAUUGGCUGCGAGAGAGAAAUUGUUCCCCAGCCAAUGGAAAAGCGAAUCGAGACGGGGCCAAUAGCGAAUCCCGGCGCUCUGCACCGAGCUUUAGGCGAGCCAAUAGCGAUGCAGUGAUAUCGACGGCGGCGCUAUAAAGGCGGCAGCCGAGGCGGCAGCUGCCGUUGAGAGCGGUUGGGCCCUGUGCUUGGUUGGGGACAAAGCUGCGGCUGCUGCGAUGCCUGAGCCGGCCAAAUCUGCUCCUGCGCCCAAGAAGGGCUCCAAGAAGGCUGUCACCAAGACGCAGAAGAAGGGUGACAAGAAGCGCAAGAAGAGCCGCAAGGAGAGCUACUCGAUCUACGUGUACAAGGUGCUGAAGCAGGUGCACCCCGACACGGGCAUCUCGUCCAAGGCCAUGGGCAUCAUGAACUCCUUCGUCAACGACAUCUUCGAGCGCAUCGCCGGCGAGGCGUCGCGCCUGGCGCACUACAACAAGCGCUCCACCAUCACGUCGCGGGAGAUCCAGACGGCCGUGCGGCUGCUGCUGCCCGGCGAGCUGGCCAAGCACGCCGUGUCCGAGGGCACCAAGGCUGUCACCAAGUACACCAGCUCCAAGUAGGCGCGCUUUGCGUCCUCUGCCCGAUAUUUACGACCCAAAGGCUCUUUUAAGAGCCACCCACCUUUUCAUAAAAAGAGCUGAUGCUGUGGCGAGUUCUUAGCCUAUACCGUUUACUUUUCUCUUAGGGCACAAGGGGGUGGGGAAUGUGCAGUUGGCGGUGGAAAAGUACCGUCAGUUUCAAGGAUAGCAGGAUUUGCAGUCUUAGUGGUAAACGGCUAUGUCCUGAAUGUCCUUCAACGGACGCGAGCAUGUUCAUGAUUCGCUUAAAACCCCUAGGAGCCUGCUUUUCCUGUUAUGUGCAGUGUAGGAGAGCCGAGUUAGAAAAGGAAUACUGUCGGUGGUCUCAACGGUCAAGACAAGUGCUCUUAGGGCUCGUACAUGGUGUCUUCCAGUUAAGCUACGCUUAUGGAAGACUGAAUCAGAGGUAUGCAAAGCACCGGCCGUUCAAGACGACCCCGUGCUCUUGUUCAGUUGUUUCUGAGCCCAAGGCUCCGACAUGGAUGCCCGCUCUACUUCACUAUCCCCAAAAUAGGUUUUCGCAGGCAAACAGGGGAAGAAGAGCGGAACGCUGCUCUGCGUUGCCGGCCGCGAACUGCUCAGUGCUGCACAGGCGGUAGCACCUAGCACAGGCUUGCCGGUGUGGCUCUUUGGCGGCUUUCG